UGGGUUGUACGAGUGGCAUUGAGCAUUAGUGGUGGAUGAUUCAACAGCCUACAUUCAACCAGCCUUUUACCUCCUCGUAAACAAUUCACCUUUAGUUUUAUUGUUACUAAUAAACAAUUCUUUUUAACCAACCGUGUUGACCAAAUUCACCGAAUUAUGAUAAUUUUAAUUGCUUUAUAACCACUUCUCUUCGGUAAGAUCUCAUUCAAUUAAGCCGAAAGUUUGUUUGGUGCUGAUAAAUAAAUAAACUACUUUUAAACAAGUGACACAGAUAAGCAAAUUAUUGAUUGGCUAUCGAUUUUCCUGGAAUUUGAAACCUGUUGCUUUGUUUUUUGGAACAAAUUGUAAUUUUGAGCUGUUUUUUAGUUUUAGUGGUGGUAACUGGUGUUUAGUGUUUAAAAUGGGGUCGUUGCAAUGUAAAAUUUAAUGGCGGAAGAAGGUCGUCCGUGUCGCGUUAUCUAACUUUGUGAAGAUAAACUCGUUAUUCCAAAUCUUUUCCGGAAGUGACUUGAAUAUUGUGAAACCUAGUUAAUUACUACAAGUACGGGUAAAAAUGCCGCAGUCGGAAAGGUCUGGUGGGAUUUUGGGGUGUUGCGGCUAUCUGGGGGAUAACCUUGUAGGGGAUGAUGAUAACAAUGCAAUUCCCAAACCGAGAGGAUGUACGGAUAUCGUUUGGUUGAUCGUUUACGUCAUUUUCUGCUGUAUUUUGGUCUUGAUAGCCUGCUUUGCCUUGGUUUAUGGAAAUCCCAAACGUUUGAUAAAUGGGAUGGACAGUUUUGGAAACGUUUGUGGGAGUACGAAUCAAGAUUUCGAUAAUAUGAGCUUUUCUGGGAUGGAUAUGACCGACAAGCCGUACACGUUCUACUUUGACCUUUCCGAUAUGGAUCGUUCCACCAGGAUUUGUGUUAGCGAGUGUCCUCACGUAAUUAUUAAUGAGAUGGCAGAACUGCAGGAAUAUGCCAUGAAUGUUUCCAUCAACUAUUGUCGAUAUGACUUUAACAUCAGUGAAUGGACUCCCACUAAAUCUGCUGGGAGGGCUUCAACUGGAUCUAUUUUAGAGUUUGAUAACAUUUUCUGCCCAAGUUUUCCGGUUUAUGCUAGUCACCCGAUUUUGAAGCGAUGUGUCCCCAUCGUGGAUAACUCUCCAGGAAUGAAAAUGUUUAAUUUAGGACGACUUGAUGACAUAUUUCCAAGAAUUUACCACUAUCUCAACAGUCUGAAUCUAUUCCAGCAAAUUUUGGGUGACCUGGCAUCCACUUGGGUAACUGUGUUGGGAUUGACGUUAAUUUCCUUUGUGAUUUCGCUCUGCCUGGUGGUCGUCCUUCACUGGAUGACAACCCUUGUAGCGUAUAUUGUUCUUAUCUUAUCCUCAGUAUUUUCAAUUGUACUCACUGGAUACUUGUGGUGGACUUUUAUCGAUAUUCGAAGAAUUUUGGAAACAACACCGGAUGACUUCCGGCUGGAAGAGAUGGAACGAAAUAAAUGCUACUUUUUCACGUAUAGCAUUGUGUCAACUAUUUUCACAAUUAUUCUCCUCUUGGUCAAUUUGGUCGUUCGAAAACGCGUGACAAUUGUUGUUAAAUUGUUCCGAGAAGCUGGUUCAGCAAUGAUGAGCAUGCCUUGUUUAUGGGUUCAACCGUUUAUUACAUACGUCGCCUUAUCUUCCUUCUUCUGCGCAUGGCUGUACAUUGUUCUCUGUAUCGCCACUUCGGAUUACCCCGAAACACGGCACAUUCCUUCCCUCCCUGCAGCAGGAGUGAACAAUCUGGCUGCGACGAUAUCCGCGAUCCAGCAGCAUGCUAACCAUACAAACUCUGGUAUUGAGGACUCCUCUGCUUCUGACCUGGGGGAAAUUGGUGGGAUGGGAACAUCGAAUAAAACAAGGCUGAGUUGGGAUGAUGUAGCCGGUUGGACGCUGAUUGAGUACUCGGACGAAACUUGGGUGAAAUAUAUGUGGUUUAUCUACAUUUUCGGACUGAUUUGGUGCUCUGAAUUUAUUCUGGCAUGUCAACAAAUGGUCAUUGCAAGUUCUGUUGCGACCUGGUAUUUUUCGAGGUCUCGAAAUUCAUUGAAUUGCAUCGUUCUAAAGUCAAUCUCUCGGAUGAUACAAUUUCAUAUCGGAUCAAUUGCUUUGGGGUCACUGAUCAUCACAUUUAUCAAAUUGCCGAGACUUAUUCUCCAAUUCACACAGAAAAUAUUCCGAAAAUGGGACGAUUACCAAAUAGUUAAAUGGUUGAGUAGAUGUUGCAUCUGUUGCUUGAAAUGUUUUGAGUGUGCCAUGAAGUACGUUCAUCAUAAUGCAUACACGGUUAUCUCGAUCCAGGGAGUUAAUUUUUGUCCAGCAUCACGAUUGGCAUUUUCAGCACUUGUCCAAAAUGCUCUGCAAAUCUCUGUCAUAAAUAGCAUUGGAGAUUUUGUCCUGUUUUUGGCUAAAUGUAUAACUGCUUCGCUGACAGGAUUGAUUGCACUUGCCAUUUUCCGGAGGGAUGAAACCCUGUACUACUAUGCCAUCCCUGUUCUGCUUACCAUUGUAUUCUCAUACUUUGUGGCACAUUGUGUCCUCUCCGUUUUUGAGAUGGCUGUCGACACUCUAUUCCUCUGUUUCUGCGAAGACCACAACAUGAACGAUGGCACGGACGGGAAACCAUUUUAUGCUCCGACAUCAUUCCUUCAAUACAUGACCAUUGAUGCGGUUGAUGCCAUCGCACCCGGGCGACGGUCUCAUCUCGAAAGUCCCUCGCACCUAAAGAAAUCGCAAAUGACUGACUUUAAAGAGGCAGCCAGCCCUGAGGAGAUCAUUCCAAUGAAUCCGUACCACGAAACUACGACUCCUAACAAUGACGAUUGAUUCAUUCGUCCAAAUGAAAAAAAUCUUAAAAGUGAAAUUGAAAACGUCCUACCCAUUUACUACAUGAACAUACAGAAUAGAUAUUGUUGAUCUUAUAUUAACUUUCUUGUUGUUGCUGUUGGUAGUUCUCCUAGUCCAAUCACAGUUAAGUCUGGUUGCUGGUUUAUCGUGUAGCGUAAACUUGUGACGCUAUUAUUCAUUAUGCAGUUUUUUUAAAUCUGACUGACUAACUAAUUAUGUUACCUUUACUCGUUGGACGAUAAUCAGAGUAUUAUUAGAAAGAAACAUUUGAUCUAUUUUUGAAAUGUGGAAAACACCGUAACGUUUUUUUUAACUAUUUUAACAAUUCAGGCUAAAUGGAAAAUAAGCAAAUUCAAGCUUUUAAAAUCUUAUUGCAUUCUUCAAAACCAUUUCAAAUAAUACAUACCGAAUGAACAUUCUUUGUUUUUUAAUCUAUUUUUUUUAGUUUUUGUUCAUGCUGCUGCUACUUUGUCAAAUGCGGUAACUAUUGAUAGAUAAGCUACUAAAGUGUGAGGCGGCAUUUAUUUAUAUUUAUUUAGGUUAAGAUAGUUAAGCUAGUUAUUGUUGCUGUUUCCUUAUGGUUGUAAUUUAUUAGGAACUAAUUGUUAAAUGUGUCGUUUUCAUCGCCGUCCGUCUACAAACUUGGAGCUUGACAAUUUCUGAUUAUGCGUAAUAUUUUUUUAGUCAUUCUCCUCCAAAACUUCACUUAUCCUUAGUUGUCACUUAGAUAUCAGUUUUUGCAGCUAAACACGUAAAACUUAAUGAGAGAACUGUUUGAAAGACUUGGUUUUUUAUACGUUGCGUUAAGUACAUAUUGUAAUAAGUUUAGUUUCAUGAAAAAGUGCUGUUAUGAUUUUGGGUCCAAGACUUGCAGUUUUUAGCUAAUACAUUGCGAGCUGGGUAUAACAUCGUAAUUAUUUAGACAACUUAACGACUACCAAUAAUAAUGCAAAUGUCUAAGGAUAUAAAAGAUACAUGGACAUGUAA